CUGAGCUGAAGGAUAUCCCAAGGGUGCCACUGACUAGGGACAGCAGAGAGCAUGCUGCCUGGGGACAUGGCACCUGCGUCACUGCUGCCUCGCCCGUGCGUGUGCUGGAGUGCCAGGCAGGAUGGCCAAUUUGCACUUUGCUGGACAGGAUGGAAUGGAGAAGGGCCCGUCGAGUUCCAGCCCGGCUGCCCUUUUCCUCUGCUCUUGAGGCGGCCAGCCCUAAUCCUCUGGGCUAGGUUCCUAAGCUACCUUCCCCCUGCCUUCCUCCUUUGGACUCAUGCUGGCCUCUGAGGCUGGGGCUGGUCUCUGUCAAGCUGCGUAUUUAUUGAGUUUGGCUCUUUUUAUAAAGACUUGUAUAUACUCCCUGGAGAGAGUGCUGUGCUUCUGAAACCCUGGCUGUUUUCUGCUCAUGUGCAUUGAGCGGGCUGAGGGGUGAGGAGUGGGGGCGGGGCUGUCUCACCAGCUGACGAGGGGCCCCUGUGGAAGACACUGUGCACCAAGACCAACCUGUCUUCUGCCACAGCCAGGAGACAACCAUUAAUCGGAACCCUCAGGAAAUGUUGCUUGUGCCUGCCUUUGCCGAACCCUCCUAGACUCUAGAAUCUAGAGGGUGUUCCUUCAAACUCAGGGUUCUGUCGAUCCCAGGACCCACACCCAGCUGUUCAGGGAGAUGUAGGUCUCCUACCUAGGUUUCCUGACCCCAUCCCAAGUACUUGAGGGACAGAGAAAAGACACUUGCCCCAGACCUACCUCUAAGAAUGGUUCUGAGGGCUGGAGCUAGACCCAGGGUGGGGCUAGGAUGCAGCCUUGUCCUUUAUGGGUUUGGUCAAAGCCUGUAUCAGCUUCCAGUGCCCAAAGUGUACCAGAGAGUCACGCCCCCUUAGCUGUCGAAGAGCGGUUGACCCCACCCUGGCCAUUCCCUGAGGCGGGCUUUUCUGGAUGGCGCAGGCGGGCAGGCCUUGGGCUAGGAACACGGGCUGGGCUAGUGGGGAAGCCCCGGACUGCACCAGAGUACCAGAGUAGCACUCAAAGGCGGUGCAGACCGCCAUGGAGCCACUGCCGUGGGGAUGCAUGAAGGAGGUGAGUGGGGUUAGGGAGUCCAGGAAACAGCUUGGAACUUGACUUGCAGCCCAGAGCUAAGCCUCUCAUGGGGGUGAGUGGGGGUUGCUCUCAACUCCGACCUCUCUGAGGGCUGGGUUGCCUCCACCCGCCGACCUAGUUAGAGGUUCGGGCGUGCCCUUCCGUUAAGAGGAAGCACAGGCUCUCGCUCUGGGGAAAUAGGGGUCUGGGGGCCUCCAUCUCACAGAAGGCAUGAAUGGGGGCAGGGUGGCCCAGUCUCGAUGGGUGUAGGGGAAAUGGGCAAAGGGCUGGCAAGGGGCCAUCCUCUGCUGUUCAUAAGCUGGGUCUGUAGACAAGACAGAAGAAAGCUGCUCCCCCUCCCUCUCCCCAUGGGCACCCCAUUCUGCCCAGGAGAGAAGUGAGUUGCUCCGAAGGCAAAUGUUAGGACCCUGGAAUGGAGGAGGAGCCCGGGAGGGAGAGGUGUUCUCCUGGGGCAGCCACACAGAGGUCAGCCACACAUGUUCCCCAGGCUCUCUUCCUCCUCCUCCUGUUGCUGCUGCCUGGGGGCCAGGGCCAGGGCGGCACCUCUGGCAGGUGUGACUGUGCCAGGGACUCACAGAAGAGGUAUGGCCCCUUUUGUUGCAGGGGCUGCCCAGAAGGACACUACAUGAAGACCUCCUGCACAGAGCCAUGCGGCAACGCCACCUGCCUUCCCUGCCCUCGGGGCACCUUCUUAACUUGGGGAAACCACUUUAAGUCAGACUGUACCCGCUGCCAAGCCUGUGAUGAAAUGGCUUUUCAAGUGACCCUGGAGAACUGUUCAGCCGUGUCAGACACCCGCUGUGGCUGCCAGUCAGGGCUUGUCUGCUCCACCGAGCCCUGUAGGGAAGGUUCACCCUUUCCUUGCUUUUCAUGUUCAGAUUGUGCUGCUCUGCCAACCCCCGCAAUACUUAGGGACCAGGCAGAAGGAGGCCCACAGGAUGGAAGCCCCUACCUCCUGCAAGGUGGGGAAGGUAUCAGGCAGUCCUGGACAGCCCUCAGCCCUGCCCGCACCCCUUUUGCAGGGGUUUCCACAGAAUCUGCCCUGAAGCCACAGACACAGCCAGCAGCACCUGAGGCCGGAAGUGGAGUAGUAUUGUGGGUCCAGCUGCUUCUGGGGGCCUCAUUCCUGCUUGGGCCCACCCUGAUCUGUUUAUACUGCCGAUGCCAGCCUUGCAAGCCUGUGGUUCCUGCAGACACAGCUGGGAUGGAGACCCUGACCUCACCACAGACUACCCAUCUCUCCGCCUCAGACAGCGCCCAUACCCUCCUGGCACCUCAAGACAGUGGGAAAGUCUGCACCACUGUUCAGUUGUUAGGCAACAACUGGACCCCUGGUUUAUCCCACACUCAGGAGGUGGCCUGCAGCCAGUCUCCACAGCCCUGGAAUCAGCUACCAAACAGAACUCUUGGCCUCCCUCUGACACCUGCGCUCUCGCCAGCGCCUCCUUCAGGCUCGCCGGCUGCUAUGCUCCAGCCUGGCCCGCAGCUCUAUGAUGUGAUGGAUGCAGUCCCCGCACGGCGGUGGAAGGAGUUCGUGCGCACUCUGGGGCUGCGGGAGGCAGAAAUUGAGGCUGUGGAAGUGGAGAUCUGCCGCUUCCGAGACCAGCAGUAUGAGAUGCUCAAACGCUGGCGGCAGCAGCAGCCUGCAGGCCUGGGUGCCAUCUAUGCGGCCCUGGAGCGCAUGGGGUUGGAAGGCUGUGCGGAGGACCUGCGCAGCCGCCUGCAGCACGGCCCGUGAUGUGAGGCCCACCAGCCACUUUGGCAUUCUAGUGACCCUAGCAGGAACCUUAAGUAUUGUUACUUAUGGGUGUAGACAUUUUAUGUCACUUACUAACCCCCUAGCACGGUCCUGCGUAGCAGCGCCGGCUGGCCUCGACCCUGCUUGCUUGCCCCAUGGUGCUAAGGGAAGCGUCAUGGAGAAAUACCAGGAGGGGCCAAGUGAUUGGUUGUACAGCUGUUUAUCAGCCCGAGUUUGGACUUGGUAUUAAAUAUCUUUAGUAGCUUC